AGCCUGGUGUGGGGAGCAGGAGGCGAAAGAUGAGCCGAUGCGCAGGCGCAGUGGCCCGGCGAUAGGCAGUGUGUUUCCAAAAUGGCGGCAGCGAUGGAUGUGGAUACCCCCAGCGGCACCAACAGCGGCGCGGGCAAGAAGCGCUUUGAAGUGAAAAAGUGGAAUGCAGUAGCCCUCUGGGCCUGGGAUAUCGUGGUUGAUAACUGUGCCAUCUGCAGGAACCACAUUAUGGAUCUUUGCAUUGAAUGUCAGGCCAACCAGGCAUCUGCUACUUCCGAAGAGUGUACUGUCGCGUGGGGCGUCUGUAAUCAUGCCUUCCAUUUCCACUGCAUCUCCCGAUGGCUCAAAACGAGGCAGGUGUGUCCGUUGGACAACAGAGAGUGGGAAUUCCAAAAGUAGGUGUUUCACCUUGUUUGGGGUUC